AGUGUCUCUGUCGCUGUGAAGAGGACGAGAGGUUCUUGGAGAUACUCGAGGAAACCGAGGAAAUAGCUGCUGCUGGACGUUAACAUGCAGCGCUGCACGCCUUAAACCACACACACACACACACACACGCACACACACACACACACACACACACACACACACACACACCACCUGCAGCCAUGCCAGGAAUACCUGCUGAAUAUUUGCUGCUGCAUGGGACGUGAUGGAUAAGAGCUUCUACUGAUGGAAACCGACGGAGGAUAAUAAAGAUGGAAGGCCGAGCCACUCGUCCCCAGCCGGCGCCUCAGCGCUCCUCCGCCGCCCCUCUGCUGCCCAGCGGCGCCCCCUGAAGGACACGUUUGUGCAUGACAACCUGGCUGAACUGAAAGGUCGACCUUCUCCUCGCCGAGAGCUGGAAACCCGACGAGGCCGACGCUUCGGGGACACUUGGUCUCGCUGCAGUAACCAAUGAGCUUUUAUCCGUGAAGUUAAGGGCGUUCAACAGCUGAUUACUGGCGGAGGACAACGCGGGGGCCAAGAUGGCGGCUGUGGCCCGCCUGCUGGCGGAGCUGUCUCUGGCGGCUGUGGUUCUGGCCUCCGAGGGGGCCGCUCGCUGCCCGGCGUUGUGCCGGUGCGAGAUGCGACCCUGGUUCUCGCCCAGCUCCGUGUACGCCGAGGCGGCCACCGUGGACUGUAACGACGCGGGCCUCUCGGCGCUGCCGGAGAGACUCCCCUCAGGGACGCAGGUGCUGCUGCUGCAGACCAACAACAUCGGUCACGUGGACGCUUUGGAUCACUUGGCCAACGUCACGGAAAUCGACUUGUCCCAGAACAACAUUUCCUCUGUGAGCGAUGUUCGUCUGGGGUCGCUCGCCCGGCUGCUGUCACUCCACAUGGAGGAGAACUGGAUUCAGGAGCUGACCGACAGCUGCCUUCCUUCCUUGCCCAACCUCCAGGAGUUCUACAUCAACCACAACCUGAUUUUCUCCAUUAACCCCGCAGCAUUUCGGGGUCUGAGCCGGCUGCUGAGGCUCCAUCUCAACUCCAAUCGACUGACGAGCAUCAACAGCCGGUGGUUCGAGCAUCUGCCCAACCUGGAGAUAUUGAUGUUGGGAGAAAACCCUGUCAUCGAGCUGUCAGACAUGAACUUCAAACCGCUGGCGAACCUCCGAAGCCUCGUGCUCGCCAAGAUGAAUUUGACUGAAAUGCCGGACGACGCUUUGGAUGGCCUGGAGAACCUGGAGAGCAUCUCGUUCUUUGACAACUUGCUCAGUCGAGUCCCACGAGCUGCGUUGACAAAAGUGCAGAAUUUAAAGUUUCUGGAUUUGAACAAGAACCCCAUCGAGAGGAUCCAGAGAGGUGACUUCAUGGACAUGAUGCACCUCAAGGAGCUGGGCAUCAACAGCAUGCCGGAGCUCGUGUCCAUCGACAGCUUUGCCCUGAACAACCUGCCGGAGCUGACUAAGAUCGAGGCCACCACCAAUCCCCGGCUGUCCUACAUCCACCCCAGGGCCUUCCACAAUCUCCCCAGGCUGGAGACUCUGAUGCUGAACAGCAACGCUCUGAGCGCGCUCCACCGCGGCACGGUGGAGUCCCUGCCCAACCUGCGGGAGGUCAGCCUGCACAGCAACCCCAUCCGAUGCGACUGCGUCAUCCGCUGGGUCAACAUGAACCGGACCGCCGUUCGGUUCAUGGAGCCCGACUCCUUGUUCUGCGCGGAGCCCCCGGAGUACCAGGGCCAGCACGUCCGACAGGUGCACUUCAGGGAGAUGACGGAGAUCUGCCUUCCUCUGAUCUCGCCCAGCAGCCUCCCGAACCGGGUGCAAGUCAGCGAAGGGAGGUCUGUGUCGCUGCACUGCCGGGCGUUCGGGGAACCGGAGCCUGAGAUCUUCUGGGUGACGCCAUCGGGCGACAGGGUCCUACCCGGCAGCGUGUCCGAUAAGUACUACAUGCACCCCGAGGGGACCUUUGACCUCUAUGACGCUACGGAGCAGGAAGCAGGCUCGUACACCUGCGUCGCCCACAAUCUAGUCGGGGCGGACCUCAAGUCCGUGACGGUCUCUGUGGACAGGUACGUCGCCCGGCGCUCAAAUCAACCUCUGCAGGUGUACGUCACUUCCGUGCAGUCUCAUUCUUUCAAGGUUUCCUGGGACCGCGCGGGGGGUUUGGUAUCCCGACUCAACUGGUCCAUUUUAGCCCCCGGCAGCAGCCUCCUGAUGCCGCUCACCGCCCGGCUUCCCGCUGAUGUCAAAGAGUACCACGUCAAACGGCUGAGGGCCUCCACUUGCUACCGGGUUUGCGUCGAGGUCAGUGCAGCGCCGCCGGGAUACAGCAUGGACUGCGUCGACGUGACCACGAAGGAGGCCGCGACCCCGAGGGGGAAGACCAAGAACUGGGACGGUCUGGUGAUGGCGUCCUGUGCCGUGUUCUUCAUCGUGGUCGCCGUGGCUUGCUCCGUCAUCUACACGUCUCUCUACAGCCAAAUGUUCUACAGGAAGCUCAUAGCAGACCCGGCUGAAACGCCGCUGAUUCCCAGCACUCAUUCCUCCUCUUCCUCUUCCCUGGAAGUCGGUGUGUCUGGGAUCAAGGUGAGGGCCACGGUCAUAGACUUACCAGACGACUCCAUGUGAGAAACGUCCACGUCCGUAAGAGCACUUUGGGAUUAAGCGGCGAUGAGGACGAUGUCAUCCACGGCUCUUUGAAAAGACUUUUGAUGGAACAUUCACGAACAUAAAUGAGACUAUUUUGUAUUUCAAACCUGUGUCGCUAUAACGAUCUUAAUCAGUGCAGGAACUCUUAAAUACUUUGAAGACAGCUUUGAUGUCUGCAAAAAGAAAAAAGAAAACACACAUUUUCUUUGCUUACGCUAAACGUGCCGAGUGAAGAUAGUUUAUGACAACGGAGGAAAUAAAAAACAUUGUUAGUCCGGUGUACAAUUAUAAUGUAAACAAUUUUAUGACGAAUACAUUUUUCAUUAAACCCGUGUGGUGUCUU